AUGUCGACGGCUGCGGCGGAUGGGUACGAGGGGGGGAUCGGAGGGAAGCUUCGGACGAGACAGUCCCGGAGGGCGGCGGCGACACCGUAUGACCGCCCGCCAGCGGCUGGUCGAGGGCUUCGUGGCGCGCGAAUCGAGGCCGCGGCGUCUUUGGCGGUGGCGGGGCGGAGGGGCGGGUGGAUAUCGAAGCUGGUGGAUCCCGCUUCGACGCUCAUAACCAAGGGGGCCACGCGGUUGUUCUCCUCCGUGUUCAGGAAGAGGCUCGGCGCUCCCCCGACGGCUGAAUCUCCAGGUAGCUGCCCAACUCCUGCAGCCGGUACUAUCUUUUUUUUUCGGUGGUUAUUUCUCUCCCUCUCUUUGUUUUAUUCUUCUUCGUCAUGUCCUCCAACCAAUUAUUGA